AUGAGUGUGGGUCCAGGCCCGAACUCGAUCUUCACGGGUCGUGUCUCCGGAACAGAGUCCUUGGCAUCCCUCAGCCCUGCACCUACGACGCCUCAUGAACCCUCUGCUACCGCCACGACCACCGGACCCGGCACGACUGCCAAUGCCGCAUCCGACCACACCACAUCUUGUCCAACUCCCUCUCCCAGCGGUCCGCCCAACGUGCUUCAAGUCGUAAUCCAUACAACAGUGACGAUCCGGGACUUUAACCACUACUACACCGUCCCCAUAUCCAAUUUUACGCCCUCCUACGUCGCCCUCUCCGAUGGCUCCCUCGUCAGUCCAGUGUUCAUGCCCAACCUCAUCAUCUCCGAGUUCUGGCUUGUCAUGGGCGGCGCGCUCUGCAUGUUCUUCUUCAUCAACACCUACAAGUCCUUCACGUAUUGCAGGGUCGUGAAAGUGAAGAACAAGUCGCUCUUUUACAUGCUCCUCGCAAGCCAGGCAAUAGGUCUAUUCUCCUCGCUGUUUUUCAUCGUGGCAGACUUCGACAGCGACCUGGACUGCACUCUGACUGGGAUCGUGAAGAAGAGCGGAGUGCUCGUGUCCACUACUCUGCUGAUCCCCGGCAUCCUGGGUACGAAAGCGUACAAGUGUCUGAGUAACGCGGGGUUCGUUAUCGUGGUUCUGGGCCUAAUCCGUGCUGCGAUUGUCGCUGUCACGGGGGUCGUACUAGCCGAGUACAAGGGUGGCAGGCGAUUCACAGGAACGUGCGAGACCGUCUAUGAGUCUACGCUGUUACCUGUCUCCGUCGCGCUUCAGUUCGUCGAGUCCGCCUUCGUAUGCGUCUGCUUUUUGUACGCGGUAUAUAGGUCAUACCGGAGCCCCGCAGACCACGCCCGGCUCUCGCUGACCGUGCAAGAUGACGAGUCGAGCACGCUCGACCUGGAGGACAAGGAUGACCAUUCUCCUACGAGUGAACCCCGCCGGGGCUGGUGGGACUACGUGCCCGGCUCCGAAGGGAACAAAUCGAGGGAGCUCGGACCACCGAGCCCCGCCCUUCCAUCCCCGAAGGAUCUUGCCAACCGGUUUCGGCAGUGGUGGACGGGAGAGCCCGUGCUGCCCAGCACGGUCUUCCAGCGGAAGCCUUCCACUCCGGGCGACUUGCCGAUACCUCAGCCGCGGAUGCCUCAGCCGCGGAUCUCCUCCGCAUCCGGUGCGAACGCGCUGUCGCUCCGUCUCGCAACGACGCGGGAUACCGAUCGACCGAGCUCCCCGCCGCCGCCGUCUGUUAUGGACCGUAUCAUUCGAUACGUGCCCCGUGCGGAGCUCUUCCGUGCCAUGCUCAGAAACGAGUUGCUCUAUACAACAUUCCUCACCGCGGUUCUCUUGGUGAUCACCAUCGUCAUGUGGUUCGGCAUCACCCAGCACCUCCUCCUCGGGGCUAACAGCUGGCUCAUGGUGGACUGGGUGAUCAUCUCGAUAUGCUCCAUGCACAGCUUCAGCCGGGUCGCGCGGCGCCACGAGCGCGACGCAUGGCUCCAGAACCCCGAGAACUGGCGGUCCAUCCACCGCGCAGAGGUCGAAGACAGGACCACGCUCCGCCCGAAGAACUCGCGCCGCGCGUGGUCCCCCGUCAGCGUGUCCUCGAACUGGCGGCACCGGCACCGCGCGCACGGCGACUCGGACGGUCCCUACAGCAACAGCAUCUCGCGCUACGCCUCGACCGAGCCGCCCGACCCGCACACCCUCGCGGGCCCGUCGCGCGUGCGCACCGCGUCGUCCGCGCGCUCGCGCGACGUCUCGCGCUCGACGUCCGUCGUGUCCUCGCCCGUGCAGUCCAUGGACUCCGUGUACCGCCCCGCGCAGCACGUGCAGUACGGCUCGCCGCGCAUCCUGCCCUCGCCCGAGUACCCGUCGUCGAACGCGAGCACGCCGCACUCGUCCGACAGGCACGCGAUGCUGUCGCGCGCGUCGUCUGUGGUCGCGGUUGCGGGCGGGGCGUCGCCGACGUCGCCGCAGCGCCGCUCGUGCUCGGCGCCGCGCAUGCGCACAUGUGAGGGCAUGCCCGCGCCCCCAACGUGGAAUCCGGAGAACCCGGAGCCGCCAGACCCUGGCCCCGGCCCUAGGGAGACGUGAUAGAUUCAGACCCUGAGACUCUGGGCGCGUGUGGAGGACCCGCUGUGUGGCCACGCUUGUACGGCUGUUGUAAGAGUACCUACCGCUAGCUGCUUGCUACUUGCUACUUGACUGCGGACGUUCGUGGACGGACUGCAUUAAUCGCUUUCCCCUUUUCCAGACUCGUACCUUAUUCCGUAUCGCACGCACGUCGUAUUGCUCUCGUAUGUGUCGGGUCUCGUCGUUGAAUGAGACUCGAGCUGUUUUGCC